UCUUUUUGGUUGAUCGAUCAUAUUAUAGUUAUACACACAUAGUGUUCAAUGGGUGGUCUCAAAACCAAGUUGAUCUUCGUUAUUUCCUUGUUGGUGGCCUUGUCCAUUGUGAGCCCAAGUUUAAGCCUCCCCAGUGAGUACUCCAUCGUGGGUUAUGACCCGGACGAAGUAAUCUCAGAAGAGGGGCUUGCUUUGCUCUUUGAGAGAUGGAUGGAGAAACAUGGAAAGGUGUACAACAACUUAGAGGAUAAACAACGGAGAUUCAAGAUAUUUCAAAGCAACUUGGCACAUGUAAUUGAUUGGAAUUCCAAGAGAAACCCAUCUGAUCAUAUUGCGGGGCUCAACCAAUUCUCAGACUUGAGUUUUGAGGAGUUCAGUCAGAAUUAUCUUUCUAAGAUGGAUCCUCAUCAAGAGAACGUGUUCGAGGCAAGUGCAGAGAGAUUGAAUGCGACAUGUCCACAUCCUCUAUCGUGGGACUGGAGGUACAAGGGAGCUGUAACCCCAGUUAAAAAUCAAAGAGACUGUGGGAGUUGUUGGGCAUUCUCUGCAACUGGAGCCAUAGAGGGAAUAAACGCCAUAGUCACUAAAAGCCUUAUAAGUCUCUCAGAACAAGAACUCGUGGACUGUGAUUCAUACGAUUCCGCUUGUGAUGGUGGUUGGCCAUAUAGAGCAUUCCAAUGGGUAAUUGAUAAUGGGGGUAUAGCUGCUGAGUCCCAAUACUAUCCAUAUACCGCGAGAAAAGGAACUUGCAACACUAAUGCGCCCAAAACAGUAAAGAUCAAUGGCUAUAAAUGGGUGGAGAGAAAUGAAGACUCUAUCCUCUGUCAAGUCUAUAAACAACCAGUCACUGUAGCCAUUUUGGCUUUGCCGGAUUUUCAAUCGUACAGGAGUGGAAUAUACAGAGGAGUAAGUUGCCCAACAAAUGAUCCAGGAAACAUAAAUCAUGCAGUUCUGAUAGUUGGGUAUGGAACAGCGGCAGAUGGCACAGAUUUCUGGAUAGUGAAAAACUCAUGGGGACCUAAUUGGGGGAUGUCUGGCUAUAUACUAAUACAAAGAAAUCAUAUAUUACCAUAUGGACUAUGUAACAUCAACGCUUGGCCUUGCUACCCCACCAAAGUUUGAAGAUUGGCGUUGUCUCAAAGGAGUGUAGCUAAAAAUAAGUUCGUGGCCUCCCUUGUCAGCUGAAAGAGGAUCUGGGUAACAAUGAAAAUAAAGCUAGUAGCCUGUGAAGUUGGAUAUUUGGCCCUUUCAAUAGCGCACUUACAUGUUUGUGUGUAGUAAAUAAAAGGGCAGUAAUCUUGGUUUGUAUUUCUACAAUGCACAAGAAUAUGCUUUAUUAAGAUUGCUGUUGGUGUAUCUAAAUGCUUGUAUACUUUAUAGUUGCAUAUCAAUUAUGAUAUUAUUCAAUGGAAGAGUA